GAAUAUUUCACCUACUCCUACGCCCUUGUUUUCACGAAUCGUUUCUGGACUCUCAUCAUGUCGGGUAUUCUUCUCAUAUACCUCAAGCCUCGCCGCAGCAAGUCGACGGUAAUCUACGAAUAUUCGUUUCCCUCAAUAUCCAACAUGCUCAGUAGUUGGUGUCAGUACGAAGCUUUGCGUUACGUGUCCUUUCCCGCCACAACCUUGUUCAAGUCUUUCAAGCUGGCGCCCGUCAUGGCUAUGGGGAAGAUUCUCGGUAACAAAUCCUAUCCCCAGUACGACUACAUUGUGGCGCUAAUGAUCGGAGUCGGUAUUACCAUGUUUAUGACAUCAACCGAUGAUUUAGGUUUUGGAUACGAUGUUUAUGGGGCGGAAGUUUCGACGACCUGGACUGGUAUCAUGCUGCUCUUCUUGUUUCUAUUUUUUGACAGCUUUACAAGUCAGUUCCAAAGUAGAAUGUUUCAACGACACCGUGAUCUUUCCAUGGUGGAGCUUAUGUUUGCCAUGUCAGCCAUUUCGACGGUACUUUCAUUCGUAACCCUGAUUCACAGCAAGGAGCUCGCCCCAGCGCUGAGUUUUGUCAUGCAACACUCCGAAAUUCACUUGCACUUUCUACUCUUUUCGUUAUGUUCCACCAUUGGCCAGCUGUUCAUUUUUUACACAAUAAAGAAUUUUGGCGCUGUGGUUUUUACUCUCAUCAUGACCACUCGAAUUCUCUUGAGUAUUGCAUUAUCUUGCAUCUUGUACGGACAUAAAGUUUCGGCGUCAGGUUUUUUUGGUCUUAUGCUCGUUAUGGCAGCAGUU